AUGGCACGACCACAGGAUGGCUCAUCAGAAUCUUCUACAACUCCACCUGCUAGGAGUUUGGACCUGGAGAGGUUAGACAUGCCUUAUCUACAUAGGCCUGAAUCUGUCAAGUCCAGUAGCAGUCUGCAAAGGCGAACAACAGGUGGCCCGCAAUCCCCGAUAUUUUCAGCAUCAUCAUCCUCGCUCCCCCCUCAAGAUAAGCGAGACUCCCGCGGAUCCCUAGAGGGACGAACAGGAUAUAGUAUAAGUGGUCCAAGAGCAUCGAUGGAUAUAUCCUCAAGAAGGAUUCGUGAUACAUCACAUCCUAUAAGAAGGGAUAGUGCUGUGUCCGUAGGGACUGUCUCGAGUGUUGCAUCUGCCCGAGCUCCUGUACCCCAGAUAAAUUCUGAAGUCGACUUGAGUAUCGUGAGUCGGAAGCUACCACAGGAGGAUGACUUUGACGAAGAAGAAGACAUAUUGGAAUUCAGACUGAAUAAUGCAAAUUCCGGAAUUAUAAAAUAUAGAGACUCGACAGAAGAUGGGGUCCCAGAGUUGGUUCGAUACUCCACAUCGUCAAGGAACAAGAACGGCUCUAAACCAGAUUUAAGAGAAAACCUAGACGAGAUAUGUACGACCAAUUCUGGUAGUUUUGAAGGGUUGGAAGACCCUAGUUCAAUUGUACAGCCAGUUGGUAAGUCGACGGCGGCAGAAUCGGAAACUGUACAGACCCAGCAGGUAUCUGAGGCAAUGUUCUCGCAAAGUUUAGACCCACAUAAUGCCCAAACCCGUGAUCCAACGUUACCAUCGGAAUUCUCUCAUCAAAGUGCAUUGAUAAGUGAAUUUGCUCACCUAAAUGAGCCUCAUGAGUCGAAAGUUGGUGAUGGAUUGUCAGAAGAUGAGGAAUCAGGUUGGCAAGAUAUGAAGAUUAUUGGCAGCUACGAAGUGUAUGAUGACAAGGGUCAGGUAGUUGUCCAUAAGUCAGCUGAUUUUGACAAUGAAGUUGACCCACAAGCUACACUUACCCGAGAAACUCUGGGACACGCCUCUGCUGCCACCGGUUAUACCCGGGUGGCCAUGGAUGAUGAUGCGAAGAGCGUAAACUCAAUGGAUGAAAAUACAGACUUUCUCUUUGGUGAGGACGACUUGGAGCGGAACCCGCUAUCUCAACUUCAGGCUACCAAGGACAUGUUGACUGACAGUCAAAAGAUUGCCUAUAUUGGGCUUUGUCGUUUGGUCAUGAAUGGCAUGGCCGUAGACCUCCUGCAGUUAAAGGGGGCUCGACAAGUGGCAACAGCCCUUACCAAUUCUCAUGAGAGUAUGGCUAUGUGGGGCCAGAAGAUGAUGAUCCGCUUGUAUGCGCAUAUGGAUAUAGGACCAGAAGGUAAGUCAGUUGCUUGGUGA